CGGAGUCUUCGGUGUCUUUGGAAUCAGUCUUUGAAUCACUUCUUCAAUAAAUACUGUUUUCUCAUAAUAGUCUCCAACGCAGGACUCGCGCGCAGCGAUUGGUUGACUGAGUGAUGACGUCAUUGAAUGAGCAAAACAAAGACAAAAUGAAAGAAGAGAUCGAAAGCGCCGCUAAUUUUUUGUCCGAAUUUCUGACCAAAGAUUUGCCGAAUCUUCAGAUCGCAGAACCGUUCAGACAACGCGUCAUCGCAGCUCUCGAGUCGCACUAUUCGGGCCACUGGUUCCCCGACCGUCCGGUCAAAGGGUCGGCCUUUCGUUGUCUUCGAAUCAAUCAUAAAAUGGAUCCUUUGGUCUCAAAAGUCGGACAAUUCGUUGGACUCAAUGAACGACAACUCAAACAACUCUUUCCACACGAACUCACCCUUUGGAUUGAUCCCAGAGAAGUCUCGUAUCGAAUUGGCGAAAACGGAUCCAUUUGUGUCAUUUAUGGUGAUCUUAAAGACUCUCAAGACAGACAAUCACCGCAAUCCCUCUCCUCCGCCUCCGCCACUUCCUCCGCCGCUUCUUCGCCAUCACAAUCCCCGCAAAUGUACUUCCAUUCCCGACAACUGUUGGAUUCUCCGAUAAAAUCGCUUCGGGAGGCUUUCGGUGGACAUUAUUCGUGAUUUAAAGUCAAAGAGAUGUAAAUAUUCGCCGAAAUAUUUGUGUAUUAUUUAUACAUAAAAAAGACAUC